AUGAUUAUAUCUGGAAAGGAGGUAGCUAAAUUUGAGUUACUUUUUAUAAUGUAUGCAUUGGGAACCUUGCUAUUGUCAACCGCAAGUCUUGAGGUUAGCAACCGUAUAUUGAAGGUUGUUUAUGAGACACAAAAGAAACCAAGCGCAUAUGAUUGGGGUACGUUCAUUUUUAAUGAACUUUGCAAGGAGAUAGAAGACUACAAGAAACAGCUUAGCAAAGGCAAGGGAAGGACGAGGAAGAACGUUGGGGGAUGUAUCUACUUUCUAAUGGUAUGGGGCUUCCAAAAUUUUUCAGUUGGCCAAGGUUGUCCAAAAGUCAUAGAUGCUCUAAAAUAUUGGGAUGAUGAUAAAGUAAAUAUAAGAAUAAAGUUGGAGAAAAAGAGCAAUCGAGGCAUCUUGCAUGAGCCAACUACUGUACAUGGUAGUUCAUCUACCAAGGUGUAUCAAGAAUCGGCAUUUGUUCACCAGGAAGUAAGGAGGCUGUAUGGAAAAGUGCUGUCGUUUGUGUCUGACAUUGGAGAGGAGUUAAUGAGCUUACAAUCAAUGCUGCUUGGACAAGGCUCAAGAGAGGAAGAAGGUGAAAAAUCACAAGAGAAAGAAGAUGAUGAUAAAGGGAUAGAUUCUGAGGGAAAGAAUGAAGAUGAAAAAAUAGAAGAGGAAGGACUUGUUGAUGAGGGGACAGCUUUAGAGGAAAAAAAUAAAGAAGAAAAAUUAGAAGAGGAAGAAUAUAACGAAGAAGGAGAUGAACAAUCAAAAGAGGAAGACAAUGAAGAAGAAAAAUUAGAAGAGGAAGAAUACAAUGAAGAAGGAGCUGAAUAA